UGUGAUUCUCUUCAGCAUAGAUGAAAAGGUCAUUGGAGAGAGAAAAUGAUUGAAGUCUUUAUAUUGAAGAUUGAAAAUCCAGAUUGCUUUUGGGUCUGCAUGAAAGGAGGUGGAAAGUUUGUAAACAACGAAAUGGAAUAUCAAAAACUUCAGUCUGAAAUGAAUCUGUUCUAUAACAAAUCUUUCAGAUAUGUGGAUGAAGUCAAACCAUCUGUAUUAGAAGAGGGCCAGGUUUGUACUGUUUAUUGUCAGGAACUGAAAUCCUGGUGCAGAGCUGUUGUUAAAUCUAUCACAUCCUGUACAGACUAUUACCUUGCAGACUGUUUCCUUGUGGACUUUGCCAAGAGUGUUCAUGUGCAAACAGACAGGAUUUGUGUUGCCUUAGAAUCAUUUAUGCGGCUGCCUUAUAGAGCAAAAAAGUUUAGGUUAUACGGUAUGAAACCAGUAACGCUACGUGUCGACUAUCAUAGUGACAAGGCAGAGAUCGUUCCUACUAACCGCUGGGAUGUUGCAGCUGUCCAAUAUUUCCAAAACCUCCUGAAUGCAACCACUCAAGUGGAAGCCAAGUUAUGUGCUGUUGAAAAUGACAAUGUUGAUGUCUAUCUUUAUGUUACAAUAAAGGGUGAAAAGGUGUGUGUGAAUGAUGAUCUCAUUGCAAAGAACUUUGCUUGUUAUGAGAAUAAUGAAACAUCUAGUAUUGUAGAGGACCACAAGGAAAAAACAUCAAGUCUUGAGUCUCUUUCAGAGGAGAUCAAUCCUGCACUUGUUCUGUGGCCAAUGUUGUUGCAAGCCAAAGAAUCCAAGGCUGUUGAAACAUCUACUGCUGCUUCUAACAACUCUGCGAAAACAACACUCAAGAACGUAAAGGAAACUGCCUCACAUAAUGGAGACAUAAUGGUAGCUAUUCCCCCUUUGAAACAAGGCAUAACAGUUUCUGUACAGGCAGAUGGGUGGACAGACAGGACCUUAUGCAAGAAAACUAAAACAGAGGAAGUGAAGGACAAUCUUUAUAAGAAAAACAUUGGCAUGAAGCUUCUGCAAUUUUUAAAACCUGAUCCUUUGAAAGCUGUUGAUGAACAAGAUGACACCAAGGUGCAUCAACUGAAUAUGAAUGCACACCUCCCUGUUGUUCUUAGCAACAACAUUGAACCAUGCUCAACUCUUGAAAUGGCACCAUUGUUUCCAGCUCUGAAAAAGGAGCUUCUAAGGAAUCACUUUCUAGGUCCUAAUCAUAUACAGUCUUAUUCCUGGCCAGUGAUAGCUCGUGGAUGUGAUUCGGUUAUCAUCUCUCCUGAAAACGACCCACUUUUGUAUCUUCCACCAAUUAUUACAUUUUUGCAAUCAAGACGUUGCUACAUAUCUUUGCCAGCUAGAAAUGGUCCAAUAGCAUUAAUUGUAUGCCCUGGACAGAAGAAAGCAGAACUGGUCUUUGAGUUUCUGGAAAUGUAUACCCGUUGUUCCAGGCCUCUUUACCCAAUAUUGCUCUUGUUGGGAAUGAAUACGGAUGAAAUCAAGAGUGCAAGAAUUCCGAGAGGAUGUGAAGUCAUGAUAACAACCCCACAUAGCCUUCUGCGGCUGCUUGAAUACCACAGCUUACUGUUCCUUAGGCUCUGUCAUCUUGUGUUUGAUGAAGUUGAUGUCCUCUUCUCUGAAGCCAGCGAACAAAUAUUCAAUAUUUUAAAAUAUUACAAAACAAAUCUGAAUGUUGAAGAAAAGGAAUCUGCACCCCAGCAGAUAGUUGCUGUUGGAAACCAGUGGAACAAAAAUAUAGAAAAUUUAAUGAAAGAGUUCAUGAAUGAUCCAUACGUUGUGAUCACAUCUAUGGAAGAAGGUGCCAUAUAUGGGAAGGUACAACAGGUGGUACAAGUCUGCCUUGACUCUGACAAAAUGUCUAUUUUACUUCAAACACUGGAUUAUACUCCUACUAAAACUCAGAAGACACUGAUUUUCACCUGUUCUACAGAAGAAACCGAGAUAGUUUACAAGGCAGUAGCAAGCAGUUCAAUAUUUUGCUUGAAAAUAAGUCCAGAAAUUGGAUUUCAUUUUGGUUAUGUUGUAGAGCAAUGGAACAAAAGAUUUAGCUCUGGCACACAUGUUGUAUUGGUUUUAACUGAUGACUGCUUACCAGCCCUAGGAAUUACAGAUGCUACCAGUGUAAUUCAUUUCAGUUUUCCCUCAUCUCCAAGAAUCUUUGGGGCACGAUUAUUCAGCAUGUCUUCUAAUUUUGAAAAUUCAACAGAAAAGGUUUCAUCUCUAAGAGCAACCAAAGAGCAACCAAAGGCAAAAUCUGUCUUACUGUUGACAGAAAAGAGUACGUGCCAUGCUGUUGGAGUACUGCAUUAUUUAAAACGCACGGAAGCCAACAUUCCAACUGAAUUAUGUGACUUCACAUCUGGAGUGCUGGAGGCCAAAGAAGUUAGUAAGAGUGGGAGGCCUCUUUGUCACUACCUGAAAACAUACGGAAUCUGCAAGAAUAAAACGCGCUGUCCAGAUCGACAUCGAGUUAGUUUACCAACAGAUUUGCCCCGAAAGAUAACUGAUGAAGCUUUGCCAACAUCUGGAAAUGUAACAAUACUGCCUCUUUUUAUCGUGGAUGCCUCAAACUAUUUUGGCCGCGUCGUAAGUAAACAGAAGGAUUUGUAUACAGCUCUUGCAGAAGAGAUGAAUCAGUAUUAUAAGAAAGCUAGCAAUCAAAUCUCUGCUGAAACCGUGAAGAAUCUGGAAAUGUAUGGAUUACAUGAAGAAAACUCUUUCCUCAGGGUUCAAGUGCUGGAAGUGGUACCAAAAGAAGAAAAUUGUUUGUUUUAUAGUGUUCACAUCAAGUAUAUAGAUGAAGGCAGAACAGGUCAUGUUCAAAAUUAUCGCUUGCUUAUCUUACCAGAAGAGUUUCAAGAUUUGCCCCCUCAGGCUGUAGAAUUCAUUGUUUGUAGGGUUAAACCCAUUGAUAAUGAAGUGGAGUGGAAUGCAAAAGUUACUAGAUACAUUCAUCACAAGAUCAGAGGAAAAGUGCAUGAAGCAAAAAUAGUACUUGCCCUGGGGAACACGAUUUGGGUGGAUCCUGUGGUGAGGAUCACCAGACUUCCAGAUUUGAAAACCUCUAUCAAUGAAUACAAUAUUCGCUCUGAGAUCCUGUCUACUGGAUUGGGAGCUGACAACCCUCAGCACACACAUGAACUCCAGAGUUUAUUUAGAGAUGCUGAAAUAGGACAUGAGAAAAAAGACUUGACUGCAGUAAUACAUACUCUGACGUGUGGAACAAGUGAGGAGGCUGCACCUGCUUCAGAGAGCAUCUUGGACCAGGCUACCAUCAAUUCACAGGCCACAGAUCAGGUCAUUUCCAAUGUACAGAAUGCACAAGAUGGCAUUGACAGUUGCUCUCAAAUAACUUUGCAAGAUAAUUGUAAUGAAAUGGCUCAAAGGGAAAAAACAGACGGAUCUCUACAGCCUUCUCAGGAAUGCUUUCACCCAACAAUGAAAUGGUUUGAAAAACAGGACGUUGUUGUUAUUAAGAUAAAAUUACGAAAUAUUACUAGUUAUGACUGUGAAUUUUUUACACAAAGGACCAUUUUCAGAGCUUCUGCAGGAGAGAAGUUUUAUUUGGCUGAUAUGGAGCUGCAGAGAAGUAUCCUCAAAGAAAAAUCUGUCUGUAUCCUUAAGAAUGAUGAGCCUGUGAUUAUCCUUGCAAAAGAGAAGGAAGAACCUUGGUGCAACUUGCUGAAACACAAAAAUCUUCAUGUGUCUUUUGAUUUCGAUUACUUGGAAGAUUCUGAAGAACGAAGUUGCUUUCCUAUUGGCUCCGGUCCUAAGAAAAUGCACCAGGUUGAUACAUUGCUGUGUGAGGAGGAGGAGGAGGAGGAGGAAGAGGAAUCUUUGAGUGACAGCGAUACAGAAAGUGAUUUUUCCACCUGUUAAUUCUCGUUUGGAAUUCGGAGACAAGGAUCCAGUCUUUAA